ACAUCACAGGAUUGCCCAAACUCUUGGGGCAAACAGAAUACAUAAGCGCAUGGGACUGGAAGCCGGAGAGUGCCGCCAAAGCCAUUCCCAGAGCCCACUCAGGCCAUAGAGGCUUUCAGGAUUUAACAACCAUGGAGAGCGUGCGCUGGUUGUUGCUUUUGCUACUGCCGCUGCUGGAUAUCUCUGCAGCCACUCCGGAUCCCUGCGAGUUGGACGAGGACGACAUCCACUGCGCCUGCAACUUUUCGGAACCGCAACCCGACUGGUCCAGCGCCUUCCUGUGUGUAAGUGCGGUUGAUGUGGAGAUCCGUGGCGGCGGCCGCAGCCUGGAACAAUUUCUGAAGCGUGUUGACAUCGACGCAGACCCACGGCAGUACAUGGACAUGGUCAAGGCUCUACGUUUGCGGAGGCUCACGAUUGGAGCUGCACGGGUUCCUGCUCUACUGCUAUUCGGCGCCCUGCGUGUGCUAGGGUAUUCCCGCCUCAAGGAACUAACUCUAGAGGAUUUAGAGGUAACAGGCACCAUGCCGCAGCCUGUAGGAAUCCAAGGGCCUGGGCUUUCCGUCUUGCGCCUUCGCAAUGUGUCCUGGACUACAGGAGGUGCCUGGCUCCCGGAACUGCAGCACUGGCUCAAGCCGGGUCUCAAGGUACUGAAUAUUGCCCAAACACACCCGCUUGAUUUUUCCUGCGACAAAGUCCUCACUUUCUCGGCCCUCACCACCCUAGACCUGUCUGACAAUCCUGGACUGGGAAAACGCGGAUUGAUGGCGACCCUCUGUCCCCACAAGUUCCCGGUCCUCCAGGAUCUAGCGCUACGCAAUGCUGGAAUACAGACUCCCAACGAGGUGUGCUCUGCUCUGGCUACAGCUGGUGUGCAGCCCCACCGCCUAGACCUCAGCCACAACUCGAUGCUCGCUACUGCAAAACCCGAGGAUCCUGGGUGUGUCUGGCCUAGCGCGCUAAACUCCCUGGAUCUGUCAUUUGCUGGGUUGGAGCAAGUGCCUAAGGGACUGCCGGCAGAGCUCGAGGUACUCAAUCUCAGCUGCAAUAGGCUAAAUAGGAAGCCACGGUCAGACGAGUUGCCCAAGGUGGGUAACUUAACACUGGACGGAAAUCCCUUCCUGAUUCCGGGAAACUCCAAUCCCAGUAGCAUUGUCCCCUCUGGAGUAGUCCCAGCCUGUGUGCAUUCACCCUUGGCGGUGGGGAUGUCAGGAACGCUGGCUCUGCUCCAAGGGGCCAGGGGCUUUGCUUAAGGCCCAGAGGAAAAGAAUCCAUAGACUUAGAUUGCCCUGGCUUGGGGGAGCACCAUCAGGACAAUCAGCACUUCUGCCUCAGAACCAACCCUCUGCCUCACCUUUAUUAAAUCUUAAAGGAUGGACCGAUGUAAUUCAACAGAC